UAUUUGUCAUCGCCGGUGUGUCCUAACGUAAGUUAGCUAGCUAGUAGUGUUAAUUUAUAGCUACAUUUUGUUGGCUUUGGUGAUAAACUCGGGUACAAAGGUUAUUUGCUUCGUUUAAUGUUUUAAUUGCUGACAUAAGCUAAACAAGGCAUGGGGGCUAGCUUCAACUGUAUGCUAGGUCACAUUAUCUUUAUUAUCAACUUAGCAAAUAACGUUAUCACUCUAGGAAAGGUCUAGCCACAGAAAGAAGAGGGGACAUGAUGACAACCGAUGAUAUGGCAUGCAAUGAAUUAAUUAACAUAGAUGUUGACACCCUUGCCCCCCAUGAUUUAAAACAAGAAAAACUCCAACUUUCUGCAACUCUACGAAAGUACUACUCAUUCUGUAAGAGGAGGACCAGCAAUGGGGGUGCAGAGUGUUUUUGUGACCUGAGGGUUGGAGUCUACAAGGAAAUAGUUCCAAUGGGAGUGGACCCUGAUGCCCUCUCCUACAGUCUAGCAGGUACUCAAUUGGAACCUGAAGAAUUCCACAAAGUGGAGGCUCUUUUGUCAAAAGGUGACUCUUGCAAUGAUACAAUACUGCUGGACUGCCGGAACUUCUACGAGAUUAGAAUUGGCCAGUUCAGCCAAUGUUUGGCCCCUAACAUCCGAAAAUUCAGUUACUUCCCCGAUUACGUUGACCAGAACCUUGACCUCUUUCGAGACAAGAAGGUCCUUAUGUACUGUACCGGUGGCAUUCGCUGUGAACGCGGCUCAGCCUAUCUCCGCUCAAAACUUGUGUGUAAAGAGGUUUAUCAGCUGAAAGGUGGCAUUCAUAAGUACCUGGAACAAUUCCCUGAGGGCUUCUAUCGCAGCAAACUGUUUGUGUUUGACGAGCGCUUUGCAAUCUCCUCCAACAGUGACAUCAUCUCAGAGUGUAGGUACUGCAAUUCUCCGUGGGACCAGUACCAGCUAUGCUCCACACACUUCUGCUGCCAGCUGGUUCUUUCCUGCUCUGCCUGCAGACAGGGUGGCCACACCGCCUGCUGCCCCAUCUGCCAGACCAAGGGCAAGGGAGAAGAGCCCCCUGCCACACCUCCACAGAGAGAGGAGUGCAAGUGCACAGCCAUGCGGCCCAUGAUCCCCCAGGAUGCAUUGUGAUGUGACAUCACCAGUUUAAAAAAAAGUUCAACAGAGCUAAGCAGAGACCUUACCUGGAGCUUAACCCAUUCAUGUAUUUUAAAUGGACCAUCCUUUUUCAAUAGACUCAAAUGUGAUUGUGGUGACAAUCGGCGUGUGCCUAUUUUAAUUAAAGUAAUCCUCAACAGAUCUGUUA